AUGGUGAAACAGAAUGAUGUAUUUCAGUAUCGCAAAAACCGACUAGCGACAUUCACAGAUGGUGCAAAGGUUGGAAAUUCCCGAACUUUGAGGAAAUGGUCACUAAAGCUGUUAGAUAUCAAUAUCCUUGCUGAUAGCGGAUUUUACUACACACCUACAAAAAGCUAUCCACACCAAAUAACGUGUUUCUGGUGUGGGAAGAAAGAGAAGAAUGUCGAAGAAACUACAUCCAUAGUAUCGCUUCACCUUAUUAAUAAUCCCGCGUGUCCUUACUCACUUAUCAUCUCCAACUUAAAGCAUUUCAUCAUGGCUUCUAACAAGAGUACUUUCUGGCAGAAUUUAACCGCAUCUAAGUCUGUUCCGAACUCAAUAAUACAUCCUCACAGCGAAGAGUCCAUUAAUCUACGGCGUUCCACAUUCAAAAAGCUUUGGAAGCUUGAUACGCAAGAAGAAUGCAAAGUUUCGAGUGAAAAUCUUGCUCAAGCAGGGUUCUAUUAUUCCCCGGUGGAGCCAGGCAGUGAUCGUGUCAUUUGCAUGUACUGUGAUUGUCCUUUAGAAGACUGGGAGCCUAUGGAUGAUCCAUUACAAGAACACAAGAAUAACUCUUUUGCUUACUGUUACUUUUUGGAUACAAUUGGAAAGGAAAUGCAUAAUAAGGAGAUCCACGAGAAGGAGAACCACGAAAGAGAAAUUUAUGAGAAGGAGAACCAUGAAAAGGAAACACAUAACAAGGAGAAACAUGAAGCGGAAGACACGGAAUUUGAAAAAGAAGAAAACGAUAGAAGGAGUCCCCUGAUAGAUCUGAGCGAGCUUUCACGUCUUCUUGGACCAAGUACCCCCAAGUCAGAAUCUGCGAAAGGAUCACCUCUGGAGAAACCUCAGGACAACACAAAUAUACUAAGUGACUUGGGAGUGAGAGGCUUAGAAUCACCAAGUACGGAUCGUCAUCCACGACUGCUGUCUAUCAAAAGUAGACUGUCCCCUCACUUGAGCUUUGAUGCUUUCGAUUUUUCUAUUGACGAUCUAGAAAAUCAGAAUCAGGGCACUAUCUUUAAGAAUUUCUCCUCACAACGAAAAUAUAUUCGGAAGACUAAAAAGGAUGCCAUCUAUAAUACUAACAAUAUUGGAAAGAAGUCCCCAAAUAACCUUCUAACAGGAAAAAUGUCAGACAUUAAUAUAAAGUCAGAACUCAAAAGUUCAGAUAGCGAACCUGAAUCAGUUAAUAGCUCAUCUAUUACCAAGCCUAAUGAUGUAUUUUCAAGGAAGAAUGGAUCGUUCAUUCUAAACUCUGAAAUAGAAAACUCAGAAGAUGCUGGAGGGGGUGAGGUGGAUACAGAGAAUGGAACUUCAUCCUUAAACAUCGUUGAUUCAGACUCAGAAUAUACAUUAAGUGCGGACUCGUCAGACAUCCAGGCUUCUGGGUCAGAAAAAGAAGACGUACUAUCAAUCAAAACCGAUUCGAGAAGAACGAAGAGGCGGAAGACAGAUAAUUCAAAGCACGCUCAUUCUAAGCGUCUCAAAUCACAAUUUAGUGAUGAUAUGGACUUGGACCAAGCUCAAUUGGAGCAGAUUCUAAACUCGCCGAAGAAAGGAAGAAAAAUGAAAGUCCUCAAAUCAACAGAAGAUACUACCACAACUCCUGCACUAUUUGACUUAUCCAACCAGAACAUAGGCGACUAUGAUGAGUCAAACAUAUCAUUCCUUGAGAAAGAUGUACAUCCGAUUGAUAAAGAACCUGUCCCUAUCAAAUUAAAUACCUCAGGGGCUACGAAAGUCAACACCCCCGCAGUAAAGGAAAGUACUGCUAUGGAGGCGGCUAUGGAGAAAUCCACACCAACCGGAGAAAUAUCUUCUAACGAAGUAAGAAUUGAAGCCUCCGAAGUGGUGGCGCAACUGCUGCCAACACACAUAACGGAAACUGCAGAUCAGGGUCACAGUUCAACUUUAAGUGAACAACUAAUGCGUAAGUCCUCCCCAGAAGUUAGUCUCGGUAAUGUCCAGGGUUCAAAUGCAAUAUCGAUGAAUGACCCAUUGCCAAAUGAUGCAAAUGAAUUGAAGAAUUCACCAGAGAAAAGUAAUCCAGUUGGAAAAAUUGAAGAGAAUGAAGGAUUGAGACUCAAUGUGAAUGAAAUAAGUGAUGUUAGCAGUCUUGGCAAGCAUCAACAGAAGGAUUCUAAAGUCUCUUCAAACGAUACAGAUAGUGAUUUAGAGCUUAGCAGUCCUACUAACGCUAAAGAUUCUUCUCAUCUUGAGAAUCUAGGUCAAAAAUCAGUUUCAAAGGAUAUGGUUGGUGAUGCAGAACCUGUUGUAUCACCUCAAAAAACAAUUGCAUCCCCGAAUGAUCAUGCAAUUAGCGAAAGACAUGAGAAUGUGGCUGCCGUGGCUUCUGAGGAAUGUGCGAGUAGAAGAAUAGCUGAAUUGAUUCCAAAUUCCGUAAAUAAUGGGACUACCCUUGAAGAAGAAGAUCACUUCAAUGGACUGAGAUUGAGAUCUUCUGCUGGGGAUGAUAAGGUCGGCGAGACAGAGAUUUUUAAACAUGCGGGGACCUCAAUAAAUACAGUGGAAGGAAAGAGUAUUAAUGCUGGAACGGAGAAUCCGACGAUUGAAAAAACAAGCGUGGCUUUGGAAAAUGAAAGGGUUUCAGGAAAUGAUGAAAAGAGUAAAUCCAAUACAGAGAAAAACAGUUUAUCGCAACAAAAUAAGCCUACAGAAGCGGAAAUUCAUACUGAUGGGGGUGGAAACCAUAAUUAUUAUUCUGCUGUGGAUAUCAGGCAGUCUAUAAAGGAGGAGCUUAGAAAGGAGUUAAAGGAGCAACUCAAAAAGGAACUCCGAGAGGAAAUACAAAGAGAGCUUCUAGAGGAAAUAAGAAGCACCUCUCCGGAAUUUACAAAAGAUACAAGGCAGGACACUCCCGAAGUUGCGAAAUCAGAAGAUUCUACAAAGUAUAGAGAAAGGCACUACUCUUCUCCAAAGGGAUCCGAAGGCUCAAAGGCUCUCUCGAUAGCGGAUGGAGAAGAGAGCGAAUUCCCAAACAUUGCAUUUUCACCAACAUCGUAUCAAACGUAUGUAAAUGACUUGGAACAGAUAAGCAAAGAAUUGUCUGCUACGAACGAAGGUGAGCCCGAUGUUAAUAACGAUGUUUCCCAAAUCGAAGAUUCUGCGUCAGGACUGCCUGAACUUCUUUCCAUUCAAGGAGAAGUCUCUACUGAAAUUGUUAAAGAAGAGCAAGCGAAUGCAGAGCAUAAAUCAGAUGCACCAUCCAUAACCUCCCCUCUUGCUCAAGGAUCAACAUUUAGCGAUCAUGAAAAUGAAACUCCACCACUUGACAAACACACCGGGAUCGAGACCCAUAAAUUAGAUAUUAGGGACCUUGAAUCAUCACCACAAAUUGCUGUUCGCGGAGAAAGAGGCUCUGUCACCCGCAUGAGUUCUGACCAAUGGAGUGAAACACGUAUUAUAUUCAAAGAAACUAACACAGAACCAAAAUACGAUUUGGUGGAAAAAUCUGCAACUGAUAGAAAUAGACUGGCACAGGAAGCUAAACUGAACAUGGAAGCGAAAUGUUUACGCACUAUUUCCCUCCAUGACGUUGUGUCUGAAAUGCAAGCUCUCGCAGAUACAAUAGAUUACUUGGCGGAAGUUGCAGCGACUAAACAGGAACUACAUGAUGAUUCAGAAGGCUUAAUUACACAAUUUAUCGCCGCAAUGCCAGAAGAAGAAGAAUGUAUGGCAGUCAAAGAGUGGAUGCUACAUAAUGCUUCAACUUGUGGUCGUACAGUGCGCGAAAUAGCAGGUAAAUUGAUCAGAGCUUACGAGGAACAGUUUGAAGAACUCAUACACCAGGUGGAGGAAUUGGAAACGACUGACUAG